AUGCAUCAAGAGCGGCUGAUCUUCAAUGAGGAAAAUGAAUUCAGCAUUUCUAGACCUGGAAGGCCUCCUAAGAGGACUCAAAGUGUCACCUCCCCAGAGAAUUCUCAUAUCAUGCCACAUUCUGUCCCAGGCCUAAUGUCUCCUGGAAUCAUCCCGCCAACAGGCCUGACAGCAGCAGCUGCGGCAGCUGCCACCAACGCCGCCAUAGCAGAAGCAAUGAAAGUGAAAAAAAUUAAAUUGGAAGCUAUGUCCAACUAUCAUGCAAAUAAUAACCAGCAUGGAGCAGACUCUGAAAAUGGAGAUCUGAAUUCAAGUGUUGGAUUGGAACUUCCUUUUAUGAUGAUGCCCCACCCGUUAAUUCCUGUGAGCCUACCUCCAGCAUCUGUCACGAUGGCAAUGAGCCAGAUGAACCACCUUAGUACCAUCGCCAACAUGGCAGCAGCAGCACAAGUGCAGAGUCCUCCAUCCAGAGUUGAGACAUCUGUUAUUAAGGAACGUGUUCCAGACAGUCCUUCUCCUGCUCCUUCUCUUGAAGAGGGCCGAAGACCUGGCAGCCAUCCAUCCUCUCAUCGAAGCAGCAGUGUGUCCAGCUCUCCUGCACGGACCGAGAGCUCGUCAGACAGAAUCCCUGUCCAUCAGAAUGGGCUAUCUAUGAACCAAAUGCUGAUGGGUUUGUCACCUAAUGUCCUGCCUGGACCUAAGGAGGGUGAUCUGGCUGGUCACGAUGUGGGACACGAGACAAAAAGAAUACACAUUGAGAAAGAUGAGACCCCGCUCUCCACACCAACCGCAAGAGACAGCCUUGACAAACUUUCUCUAACUGGGCAUGGGCAACCACUACCUCCGGGUUUUCCAUCUCCUUUUCUAUUCCCUGAUGGAUUGUCCUCCAUAGAGACCCUUCUGACUAACAUCCAGGGUCUACUAAAGGUUGCUAUAGACAAUGCCAGAGCUCAAGAGAAACAGGUCCAACUGGAAAAGACAGAGCUGAAGAUGGAGCUCUUCAGGGAACGAGAACUGAGGGAAACACUUGAAAAACAGUUGGCUGUGGAGCAGAAGAACAGAGCAAUAAUUCAGAAAAGGCUAAAGAAGGAAAAGAAGGCAAAGAGGAAAUUGCAGGAAGCACUUGAAUUUGAGACUAAACGACGGGAGCAAGCAGAACAGACACUGAAACAGGCAGCUUCAACAGAUAGUCUCAGGGUCCUAAAUGACUCUCUGACCCCAGAGAUAGAAGCUGACCGCAGCGGGGGCAGAACAGAUGCUGAAAGGACAAUACAAGAUGGAAGACUUUAUUUGAAAACUACUGUCAUGUAUUGAAUUUUUCCUGCUGAAGAUACCUGUGCUACGGUAAAGAACUUUGCAGUAAGACAUUGGCUCAUAAGGAGUUCUGUGGAAACAAAGUGUUUUCAAGGCAACUUCCUCAACUUCAUAUAUCAAUGUUCUUCAAAAAUGUAAAGAAUUCUGCAAGAGUGUCCUCCUUUGGUUAUCUCCUGUGGCUUGACCCGGAGACCUAGAGAAUGUUUGUAAAUGUACAGUAGCACUCUUCUUACAGUGAAAAGCUGCGUCUCUACGCCGGACUAUUGUAUCCAAAAUUACAGGCGGGUCAGAACAAGGCUAUUUCCUUUUUCAAGGAAUGCAGACUCUGUCCUCCUCUGAUGAUUCUGUAUUUGAGCACAUCAAAUGAUCCUUCCAGCGGUGUCCAAGUACACGUACAUACAGACUGUUAUAUCAUACCGAAACCAGCAAGACAGCUCAGAAGUGAACUUGUAGAGGGCAUAAGAGGAUUCUUAUUAAAAAAAAAAGUUAAAAAAAAAAAG